ACCUCGCGAGAACCCCAAGGCGAGGCGCUCGGUACCGCGUAGCCUGUGUUUCCUGCGCUUCCAGGGUCUCACAGAAGGUCACAGAGAACUGGAUUCUUAAGCUUAGAGGGAACCUCUGCUCUCUAGAGAUCCACACAAGGAUUAAGAAAACACAUGGAUCUCCAGGGUUGCCUUUUAAGUUUUAGAAGAGCCCUGAAUUGGAAGAUCUUCUUAUAGUGGAAUGGCUUCUGUGGCAGCACUGCUAUUUUCUAGGGCAGUAAGAGCCAGAGGUCAGUGAGAACAGUGCCGUACUGGGAUUUGGGGGAGGUUCAAAGAUCAUCCGGACUUGGUGCUGCCAGGAAGUGGGAGUAAUUCCAUGAUUGGAUAUCUUAAGUCUUCUUAUGUAGAAGGUUGUUGGAGAAGACCUGGACAUACUGACAGAACUAUGGCGGCCUGAUGUUGGACCAGUUUCAGAAUCUGAAAGAUCACGGGAGAGACCAAACAGUGGCCUCAGGUCAUUCCAGAAAGAUGAGGAUAUGUAGUAUCUUUACAUUCAUGGCUUACUGUUGUUUGCUGGAAGCAUUUACUAUCACAGUUCCCAAGGACAUGUAUGAGGUAGAGUAUGGCAGCAAUGUAACAUUGGAAUGCAGAUUUCCAGUCGACAAACAAUUAAACUUGCUUGCAUUAGUUGUUUACUGGGAAAUGAAGGAUAAGAAAAUUAUUCAAUUUGUGAAUGGCGAGGAAGACCUGAAUGUUCAGCACAGUAGCUACAGCCAGAGGGCCCAGCUGUUGAAGGACCAGCUCUUCUUGGGAAAGGCCUCACUUCAGAUCACAGAUGUGAAAUUGCAAGAUGCAGGGGUUUACUGCUGCUUGAUCAGCUAUGGUGGUGCCGACUACAAGCGGAUUACUUUGAAAGUCAAUGCUCCAUAUCGCAAAAUCAACCAAAGAAUGUCUCUGGAUCCGGUCACCUCUGAACAUGAACUUACAUGUCAGGCUGAGGGUUACCCAGAGGCCGAAGUCAUCUGGACAAGCAGUGACUACCAAAUCCUAAGUGGCAAAACCACCAUCACCAGUUCCCAGAGAGAGGAGAAGCUUUUCAAUGUGACCAGCACGCUGAGAGUCAAUGCAACAACUAAUGAGAUUUUCUACUGCACUUUUCGGAGAUUAGGUCCUGAGGAAAACAGUACAGCUGUGUUGGUCAUCCCAGAACCAUAUGUGGAUCCAGCAAGAAAGAGGACUCACUGGGUGAUUCUGGGAGCUCUUCUAUUACUCAUUGCUGUGACAGCCAUCUUCUGUCUAAAAAGAAAUGUGAGAAUGAUGGAUGUGGAAAAAUGUGGCAGCCGAGAUAUGAAGUCAGAGAAACAAAACGAUACACAAUUUGAGGAGACGUAACCCAGCAUUGAAACUUCUGAUCUUAAAGCAGGGAUUCUCAGCCUUUGGUUUGAGUUCGUCAGGGCUAAGCAUGAUCAGAGGCAUGCAAAGGGCCAGUGGGCUGCAGAUGGUGUAGGACUUAAAAGGCCAAAGCUCUGAAAAUGGAAGUUGGAAAAGAAAGAAGAACAAAGGAAGGAGUAAAAAGGGUAGCCUGAAAGGAAACCUUGGUACUUCAAAAUGACUGGGACAUUCAUCAAUACAUACAAAAAGGAGAAGACACUUCUGAAUGAUGAGCCUUCAUUCAAAUUGUCCAUCACUCAUCCUUGGAAAACAAGUUGAGAUUCCCUGAUUUAAUGGUCAGUUCUUACAGAAGUGCCCUUUGCCUUCACUCAGUGUCUUGAUUUGUCUUCUGUGUGAUUGAGAGUCCCAAUGUUACAACAGUAUUUAAGUAUGAGUUAUUUUUAUUUAUUUGAGUUGUGGAGUCUUAUCUUGUGAUUGUGGUUGUAAAUGUUUUUUUUGAACAUGUACUGUUAAGUAGAAGUUAAAAUUUUGUCACCAGCCCAAACUUAUUGCUUAAAGACUUGUGUAUGUCCAUUAAAAUACAUGUGUAAGGUACUUGGUAUCCUCUGUAGCUAUCAGUACAUAGGAAGCAUAGAGAACAAACCAUUGGUUUGUAUAGGAUAUAACGUUAUUUAACCCAUUAAUAUCUUUAUUGACUUGAAUAAUCUUAUACAUUAUAAAAAUAUCAGUUAUAUUUUAAAUAUUAGCUUUGCAACUAUGUGUACACAUAACCUCAUUUCAUCCCUAUAACAACUGUGUUGUGAUAAGCACUGUUAAUCCCCAUUUCACAACUAGGGGAGCAGAGAGAUAAAAUAAUUUGCUAAAGACAAUACUUAGCAGACUUCAUAUUACCUCAUAUUUUACCCACUAUCCUUUUCGGAUAUAAUUUAUAGCUGUGUUUUGCAUUCAUUCAGCUAACAUUUAGGAAGAACCCUAGCAAUCACUGUGCCAGACUGAAAGUCUACCGAUUUGAGCAAGAAAAAGCACCUCCCCUCAAGGAGCUCAUACUAUAAUGGGGACAUCAGUAAGAAAAUGUAUUACUGCAUUUAUAAUUUAGUGCAAUAUCACAGCAUAAGGCGUUGGAGGAAAGUAAUGGUGUGAGGAGGAAAGUCUAGCAAUGCUGCCAAAGGGGGAUACUCUGGGUGGCCAGCCAGUGUAUUCUUGGAUAGUUGAAAAUACUUAGACAUUUUAAUAAUCAAAGCAAUUUUAGUUUAUGAGAAGUCAGUAUUUUUAAAAACUUGGAAAGUGGCUCUUGAAUUCCUUUUCUAUCAUUAUAUUUUCCCCUGAUUUGUUUGCAUUUGCCAUGUAAUUUGAUGCUUGUUUACAUAGUGUCUGCUAUGGUUUAGCAGUUUUCUUUUUUAUUUAAAUGCAUUUGAAUUUUGGAGUUCCUAUUUUGGCUCAGAAGGUUAAGAACCCAACUAGUACCCAUGAGGAUAUGGGUUCCAUCCCUGGCCUUGCUCAGCAGAUUAAGGAUCCGGUGCUGCCAUGAGCUGUCAUACAGGUCGCAGAUGCAGUUUGGAUCCCACAUUGCUGUGGCUGUGGUGUAAGCUGCUAGCUGCAGCUCCAGUUUGACCUCUAGCCUGGGAACUUCCAUAUGCCAUGGGUGUGGCCCUAAGAAAAAAAGCAAAAGAAAAAAUGCAAUUGAAUUUUGAAUUCGUAUUUUUUCAUGAUUCAAAAUUCAAGAAAAUCCAAAAGGAGACAUUAAAAUGAUUCUAGGGAGUUCCCGUCGUGGCGCAGUGGUUAAUGAAUCCGACUAGGAACCAUGAGGUUGCGGGUUCGGUCCCUGCCCCUGCUCAGUGGGUUAACGAUCCAGUGUUGCCGUGAGCUGUGGUGUAGGUUGCAGAUGCAGCUCGGAUCCCGCGUUGCUGUGGCUCUGGCAUAGGCCAGUGGCUACAGCUCCGAUUGGACCCCUAGCCUGGGAACCUCCAUAUGCCGCGGGAGCGGCCCAAAGAAAUAGCAAAAAGACAAAAAAUAAAAUAAAAUUAAAAAAAAUAAUAAAAUGAUUCUAUUCCAUGCUCUUACUCAUCUAGCUCCUCUUUAUAGAAGCAGCCACUCUUGUCUUUCACUUGUCUUCUGAAGUAUUCUAUAAUAUAUAUGGAAAUAUUUGUAAAAUGUGUAUAUGUUUUUAGUUUUUUGCUUUUUUUACAUAAGUGGUAACAUAAUAUGUAUCUGCUGUGCACUUUGCUAUUUUUAUUUAAUAUGCUAUUUCUUAUGUAGCAGACAAAACAAAUUUGAAGAGUCUGGGUACUUUGUCUUGUUUGUUUCUAGGUCAUCUUUUCUGUAGCUUCUUGGUAUCUUUAAUAAGACUUAUUAUGUGCUAACCAGUUACUACAUCUAUAUUUAGACAACCAACAUUGGUUGAGUACUUUCUCUGUGACUGAAUUUGGAUUUAGUUUAUUUUGUGUUUCUCAAAGAGAAAGGUGUAUUUCUCAAAAUGGGUUUUCCAGGGUGCACUGCAUCAGCCUAGCCCAAGUCUAAGUCUGUAUGACAGAAUGUCUGGAACUUCUUUUUUUCUGUUUUCUCUUGAGUAUAAACUUCACUUUGAUGCUGCACUUGCAAAAUUACAUGUUAUGCUUGGAAAUUCGAGUAGAGUACCUUGACACUAGACUCUCAUCUGAGCCAAAAAGGGCCUGUGAGUCCCUGAACCUUUGAAUCCCACCAGUUAUCACCCUUAUACAGACCUCCAAAGACAUUGCUUUACAAAUGUUCAGAUGACCUCUCAUGGGGUCUCAGGGUAUUUCUUCCAUCUUGGCCAUUUACCUGGACGGAUGACAAGAAAAACCUUUUCACAUCAUGACUGAGGAAACAGAAUCUCCAACAAAACUCCUCCGGAUAACUUUUGGCACACGUUCAUUUGCACAAUAUCCCUUGUUUGGUUGGCAAUAUCCUUUGUUUGUGUGAAGUCUAGUUCAGCAAGAUAUAAAGUCCAUUACUCCACUCCUAAAUCUUAAUGCCUUCUUGUGGUGUUGGAUUUGUAAGGCACUUUAUCCCUUUGUCUUGUGUUUCAUUGUAAAUGAUAUGAGCAGAGAUGGUGUCUAAUUCUGUGUUUGAUCAUCACUGUUUAUGCCUACAUUAAUUUAAUAAAAUAUUCUUAUUUAUUUUGUUCCUCAGUUCACCC